AUGAAUCACAUUGAAAUCUCAAACCACCCAAACCUCCAAAACGCUUUCUUAAAACCUUCGCUGCUUCUUCCUCCUCCCCUACACUCUCUCGACAUAUCGACUCUCUCGUUACACCAAUACCACAACCCCCCGCACACGCCGCGCUCCAUCAAUCUCAACGACUCGUCGAAGCCGUUUCUGUCCCGAAGCGUCUCCAGUAUCGACGUCCCGCCGGCGGCCGAAGAAAACGACAAGCUUCUUUUCGGCGAAGGAAGAGUUUCGGCCGAGAAAUUAACCUUUUUGGCGAUAUUCGAAUCGGUCUUCGGGAUGCUGAGGUCCGGAAAUCGGCAUAUGAAGAGACUGUUCCUCUUGAUUUCGCUCAACGUGGCUUAUUCUACUGCCGAGUUGUGUAUUGGACUCUUCACCGGACGUGUAGGUUUGGUGUUAGAUGCAUUUCAUUUAACUUUUGGGUGUGGCUUGUUGACUUUUUCGCUCUUCGCAAUGGCGGCUUCUCGAAAGAAGCCUGAUGGAAUUUACACUUAUGGGUACAAGAGGCUUGAAGUUUUGUCAGCUUUUACCAAUGCUGUAUUCGGAUGUGAAAAUGGGAGCUGGAAGGAAGACUCAAACCUUUAUUUUGCCUCCUAAUGCAGACCUGGCACCCUACCCUGUACAAGCAAGACAAUUGAGAAGUAAUCACCUUGGUGGAGUUAUAUUUUGGUGCAAGAGCAGCACAAUGAUGGAGUGUUUAUCUAAACAACUCUUUGGUUUACCGGGUCCACACUUUUCAUAUGUGAAGAAUAUUAGUCCUGGCUGCUGGGCAUGGCCAAAUGAAUAUUGAUCCAUAUGGUUGGACAACUGAUGGAUCAGUGAGAACACAAUUUCCUGCACAGGUUCAAAUUCGCAUCCGGCUCCAGUGCAAACCACUGCUUGAAAGUCAAUUUAAACCAAUUAUUGCAGACAACUACUACAGUGCAAAUAAAUUCUGGUUUGAGAUUGAUCAUGCUGAGACAAACAAGCUGAUGUCUUUGUUAGCAUCUUGCGCGGUUGUGCAAUCUCUCCAGGUACUU